AUGACGACCAUUACGGAUUUCUCUAUUGAAGCUAUUCUUGGAUUAAAAAAGGAAAUUUUUUUACACGUUCCACGCUGUGUAUCCCAUAGUGCUAUACUCGCCGUGCCUCCACGUCAUCAAGCGCGCAGGAAUCGCACGAUCUUCACCGAUGAUGACGUCAUGAAGAUGCAACGUAUUUUCGAGGUGAACCAGUAUCCGAACAUUCACCUUCGUGAACAAUUGGAACAACAGACUGGAAUUCCAGAAUCUAGGAUUCAGGUUUGGUUUCAAAACCGACGCAACAGAAGUCGUCGCAGCGGAAGCGGAAACGCCAGCACCAGCACCUGCAACAAGACUUCAAACCAAAAGCGGAAACCAUCAGCGCCCUUGACUUUGCUUGGAUCUUCUGAGUUGAGCGGCGUGGAUAUGAUGAUGUCCCCUGCGGUGAAAGACCCUCUGUUCCAGCUUCCGACUCUGGUCAGCCCUCUCCUCCUCUCGCCGGCGCUCCACCCCAGACUUUUCUCUGUGUUUCAGUUCCCAGUCGCCCCCAUCUCUCCGCUGCCACAGACUCCAGCUGGGCGUGGCGUCACUUUCGUUUUCCCCGACGUUCCUCCCUGCCGAUCCUGGAUGGAUGUCUCCAACUCUUUCGUUCACUUCACGCGACCCGCUGACCACUUAGACAGUUCAUGCUCCAGUCCCGAAUUAGCUGUGAACUACAACAACGAUGUUGACGACAACAGCGGCGAUGACGACGACGACAAUCACUUGAUUAUUGACUUCGAUGCCUGCUGA